UCACUCGCCAGUUCGCUCGCCGCAGUUUGGCGGCCGGUCGUGAGAAUGGUGCGUUCCGUACGUCAACAAAGACAAAUUAGUGUUUGUAAAUGUCAAGUCGAUAAUGUCGUCUGAGCCUUGUAAAGUGACAGUGGAAUACAUUAGUGAGGACAAAAUAUUAAAGGAAGAUAGUGGCUCGCAGUCGCCACUAGCGUUGUUGGCGGCCACCUGCAGCCGCGUGGGGCCCGCCACAAUGACCCCCGAACAGCAGCAAGAGAAAGAGCAGCAACAGCAACAGCAGCAGCAACAACAACAGCAACAGCAUUUUAGUCCGCAACAACAACAGCAAGCUCAACAGCAGCAACAGCAACAACAGCAACAACAGCAACAACAACAGCAGCAGCAACAGCAACAACAACAGCAACAACAACAACAACAACAACAACAACAACAUCAACAACAGCAGCAGCAAGUUCAAGCUCAGCUGGUGCAACAAGUGCAGGGUGACGCGGCUACAAUAGCCGCAAUACAACAGCAGUAUUUGCAGCAACAGCAGCCACAGACGAGGGUAAUCAGCACUGCUGUUGUACAGCAGUUGAGGGCGCAAGGGCUUUCGGGUAACGAGUUGUACGCAGCGAUCGUAAAUGCAGCGAGUACGGUACCGAAUGGCAUACAGGUGCAACAGCCUCAGGUGAUAUCGAUGCAACAACUGCAAUCACUGCUCGGCGGAGGCGUAGUGUCCAGCAACGAAGGACCAACUUACCAGAAUGCCCCGCAACAGUUACUGCAAAUCCACCCUCAGCUGUUACAGCAACAGGCAGGCAAUGUAGGCAGUGUGUAUGGGGGAUGCAUGGUCGGUGGAGUCGGGCAACUACAGGCUGUCACUGUCGACGGGCAAGAAGCACUUUUUAUACCGUCACAUCAUGCCCAGAAUUUCUCGGGUAUGGGACAAAUGAGUCUAGUCAACGGGCAGUUAGUUAGAACGCCCGUGUUGCCCGCGGGCUUCCUACAGAACGUCAUGCAUUUACCAACAGAGCAACAGGCGACCGUCUCCAUCCCCGGUACUAACCUAACCAUCCCACUCAGCGCACUGACCGGCAACCAGAUGAUCACUAUUCCGGCGACAAACAUUUCCAUACCGAGCGGUAUACAGAUACCAACAAGCCAAGCGAUUACAAUACCCAACUCGGGUGUCCAAUUACCCGUGGCGAGUGUGGCCAACAUGACCAACGUCGCCACAGUGGGGAAUGUGACCAACGCUGGCGUGACUUUGGCAAGUGGGGAUGUCAAGAAUGGGGGUAAUGGAAAAGAUAUCAAAUCGCCCGGCAGUCCUGGCUCACAAGGUGGCGGCGUGGCUGUCCGGGGCGGCAUGGGCGGAGUGGGCAUGGUGCCCGUUCAAGUGCCCGUGAGCAUGGCUAACGGGCACACCGUGUACCAGACCGUGCACGUACCGCUACACGCACCUCAACUGCAGAUCAUACCUCAGCUACAACAGAUGCAAGCACAGCCGCAGGUGGCUAACGUUCUGACACCGUCCGGCCAAAUACAACAGAUACAAAUUUCGUCGCUCGGCAACGUACAGCAAGCCGCACCCCCCCAGCAGACUACAGCGACGGGAGGUCCGCCCACCAUCACUCUGCAGAUGCCGACGUUGGGCGUUGGCGGUCUGGGUGGAGCGGUCCAACUGGUCCCAGCGAUGGGACUGCCUGGGGCGGUACAACUCACGCAGAUACCACAGGCGCAACAAGAACCCCAACCACAGUCUGUUAUUGAAACAACGUUUACAGGACAACAUGUCGAGCAGGAUCCCAACGAUCCAGGGAAAUGGCAGGUGGUGACCGUCAGCCCUGGAAAUACCUCUACCACGGAGUGCGAGGCUAGUAAAUUCCGGCCCAAUAGUCCCAACAGUGGGAAGCGGCUCAUGAAGAGGGUGGCGUGCACAUGCCCAAACUGUGAUCAAGGAGAAAACCGCCUGGUAGACCGCAAGAAACAGCACCUGUGCCAUAUCCCCGGCUGCAACAAAGUGUACGGAAAGACGUCGCAUUUGCGGGCGCAUUUGCGGUGGCAUUCCGGGGAACGGCCUUUCCUUUGUAACUGGCUAUUCUGUGGAAAGAGGUUUACGCGGUCUGAUGAGUUACAGCGACACCGACGGACGCACACGGGGGAGAAGAGGUUCGAGUGCCCCGAAUGCAGUAAGCGGUUCAUGCGCUCUGACCACCUGGCCAAGCACGUCCGGAUACACACCAAGAACCGGAUCACGGAAGUGGCAACAUCAACGCAGUCAAUGUAUUCCGACUCAGGCGACGACAGUUGCGAUGAGAAGAUGAUGCUCACCAUAGAAACCAUGCAAAACCCAGAAACCGAGGAAAAGCUCGUCAUGAUAAGGCCGGGACUUAAACUAGAACCAGAUCAUAUUGAUAGCUAGGAAUACGAGGUACUCUUCGAAAACUUAUAAGCUUGCUGGUGCAAUUUUAGACAGUUCUAGAAAGUUCGACAAGCCGAGUUAAGAGCCCAACUACAAUGAAAUGAUAGAAACCAUUCAGGGUUCGGACAUUGAAGAUAUUCUCGUCAUAAUAACGACGGAAGAUAAUUUCCAGCUCGUUUGUAUCGAUGGCAACGGUUACGAGGAAAAAUUCAAGGUCAUAAAGUGAUAAGCUUGGUGGUGCAGUUUUAGACAGUUCUAGAAACCCAGACAAGCCAAGUUGGAGCCCUAUCAGAUUUGUGGAGACCAAGCAGGGUACUGACAAGAAGGAUCGUUAUUAUAAUGAUUUAGAAACCCGAUCAUAUCGACAGUUACGAAUACGAGGGGCUCUUCGAAGAGUGUUAAGAUUUGUGGUGUAGUUUAAGAGGCUACUGGAGGUUCGUUCUAGCCACGUAACAGCCCAAUUGCAAUGUGAAAGGAUGCGAUGAUGAAAAGGAACUACUAAACUAAAAUGGUGUGCGAUUAUUAUGCGGGACACUUUAAAGUGCUAUCUUACAUAGUUCUAGAAACCAGGUUCGACCCGAAUCAGAAUUAUGUAAAAUACGCAAGGACCGAGCUAAGAAAUAAAAUCGGGCUCGCAAACGUUGACUCGCGUAUCGGAACAUUAUAGCGCCAUUGCAAAACGGACUUAAGGCUACUCUGCUUAGAGUCCUAAUUUCUGUAAUAAAGAUUUUUGAUUCGCACAUGUUCUGCCAAAAGCACCAGCUGUAGAAUUGAGCUUUAAUGCAAUGUUGCUAAGUUCUAUUUUACUCUGACAUUUCGAUUUCGAUACCGGAAAUGGACUGCGGUUGCCAGUACUAAUCAACGUACUAAUCUCGUACCAAGGGUACUAGUGUAAAGAUAGAGCUCGAUUAUAUCGAUAUGAGUACAUAAUGUACAUUGGAAGUGAUAAAGUGAUAAGUGAGGUGUUGCAAUUGAAGAGUGGUCUAGAAACAUUGAUACGGCCUAAACAGGGACUUAAUAGUGAAAAGAAACUGGUCAUGAUAAUGGUGCCAAUUCUGUUACACUCCAAUCUCUACACUAAACUAAAUUGACUAGUGUCCAGAUAAAUUCUCCACUCUCAAUAUACCUAGUGUACAUUAUUCUAGUAGUCAAGCCUUUCCAUUUGAUACCCAUAUUGAGGGAGUUGUGAAAAUAGCAUGAAAUUCGCAAUUUUGUGGU